UCAAAAAUCCUCCAUCAUCAUCAUCCAUGGCGGCCACCUCUAGCAUCUCUUCUUCUCUAUCUCUCAAUGCUAAACCCAGUAAGCUCUCUAACAACAACAACAAUAAGCCUCACCGUUUCCUCCGUAAUCCCUUCCUUAAACCCUCCUCCUCCUCCUUCUCUCCUCUUCCCGCUUCUAUCUCUUCUUCUCCCUCGCUUCCUCUUAGAGUCUCAAACCCUCUUACCCUUUUGGCGGCAGACAACGAUGAUUAUGACGAGAAGCCUCGGGAAGAGUGUGGAGUUGUCGGAAUCUACGGCGACUCUGAAGCUUCACGACUCUGUUACUUAGCUCUCCACGCGCUUCAGCAUCGAGGUCAAGAAGGUGCAGGUAUUGUUACCGUUAGUAAAGAUAAGGUUCUUCAGACCAUUACAGGUGUUGGUUUGGUCUCUGAGGUUUUCAGCGAAUCCAAACUCGACCAGUUACCAGGAGACAUAGCUAUUGGUCAUGUCAGGUACUCUACGGCUGGUUCUUCUAUGCUCAAGAAUGUUCAGCCGUUUGUUGCUGGUUAUCGAUUUGGCUCUGUUGGUGUUGCUCACAAUGGGAAUUUAGUGAAUUACACGAAAUUGAGAGCUGAUUUAGAGGAAAAUGGUUCGAUUUUCAAUACUAGCUCUGAUACUGAGGUUGUGCUUCAUUUGAUUGCGAUUUCUAAAGCUAGACCCUUUUUCAUGAGGAUUGUUGAUGCUUGUGAGAAGCUUCAAGGUGCGUAUUCGAUGGUGUUUGUUACUGAGGAUAAGCUUGUUGCUGUUCGUGACCCACAUGGGUUUAGGCCUUUAGUUAUGGGUAGGAGAAGUAAUGGAGCUGUUGUGUUUGCUUCUGAGACUUGUGCUCUUGAUUUGAUUGAGGCUACAUAUGAGAGAGAGGUUUAUCCUGGUGAGGUUUUGGUUGUGGAUAAAGACGGUGUUAAAUGUCAGUGUUUGAUGCCUCAUCCUGAGCCUAAGCAAUGCAUUUUCGAACAUAUUUACUUCUCGUUGCCCAAUUCGAUUGUCUUUGGUCGGUCUGUGUAUGAGUCUAGGCAUGUCUUUGGUGAGAUUUUAGCCACUGAGUCACCUGUUGAUUGCGAUGUGGUGAUCGCUGUGCCUGACUCGGGUGUUGUGGCUGCUCUUGGUUACGCGGCUAAAGCUGGAGUAGCGUUUCAGCAAGGUUUGAUUAGGUCUCAUUAUGUUGGAAGGACUUUUAUUGAGCCGUCUCAGAAAAUCAGAGACUUUGGUGUGAAGCUGAAGCUAUCGCCUGUUCGAGGAGUUUUAGAAGGGAAAAGAGUUGUUGUUGUGGAUGAUUCGAUUGUUAGAGGAACAACUUCGUCCAAGAUUGUGCGUUUAUUGAGAGAAGCGGGUGCUAAAGAGGUUCACAUGAGGAUCGCGAGUCCUCCUAUUAUUGCAUCUUGUUACUACGGAGUGGACACGCCUAGCUCAAAUGAGUUGAUAUCGAAUAGAAUGAGUGUUGAUGAAAUCAGGGAUUACAUCGGAUGCGAUUCCCUUGCGUUUUUGUCGUUUGAGACGUUAAAGAAACAUUUGGGGGAAGAUUCUAGAAGCUUCUGCUACGCAUGCUUCACAGGGGACUAUCCGGUGAAGCCCACAGAGGAUAAGGUGAAGCGAGGAGGAGAUUUUAUCGAUGAUGGUCUCGUUGGAGGAAUCAACAACAUUGAAGGAGGUUGGGUACGGUAGAUAGCAGAUCAAGAUCUGCAUUAUGAUCAUCAAUUUUGGGUACUAAUGGAGUUAUAUGAUGACGAAAUCUUGUUGAAUUUUGUGUUCCAUUUGACCUCAAAUGCUACCACAUUUACUAUUUUAUUGAGUCUCGGAUGGAUUAAAUUUGAGGGUGAUUC